AUGGUGCACCCUAAAAGAAAGCGAGAGGAAUUGAGCCCAGAAGCGCAAGAACCCGUUCGAAACGCCUCUGCUGUAUCCAGUACAGCAUAUCAGCACUUCAAAUUACCCAGUCCAUCGUAUAUUCGGAUCCUUGAGCUACAGCCUGGGGAGGGAACCUCAUCCCUGAAAUGCAAACUAUUUUCGGUCGAGCGCAAGUAUGCACCCCCUUACGAAGCGAUUUCGUAUGCUUGGGGUCGGUCAACGGACACUAAGGUCAUCUAUUGCGACGGAAAGAAGCUCAGAGUUACUGUCAAUCUUCGAGACGCCCUGUGGAGAGUUCGAGACCCCGCAGAGUGGAAAUUACUAUGGGCAGAUGCCGUGUGCAUCAAUCAAUACGAUAACGAAGAGCGUGCCGACCAAGUGAAACAAAUGGGGAGCAUCUAUGCGGAUGCUGCAAGAGUUUUGGUAUGGCUGGAUGAUCAUGUCGCAAAACUGGAGACUGCUGAUACUGAUACCGAAGGAUUAGACCCUGAAUCUAGUAUGAUCGGUCACGCCUUUGCACAAUUGCUUGAUUCUCCGUGGUUCUCCCGCCUCUGGGUGGUUCAAGAAGUUGGACUUGCAAAAUCAGUCGUCGUCAUGUUUGGCCAUACGAGGAUUGAUUUUGUGGACCUUAUAAGGUUCAUUCUACGACUUGAACGCCGAACGGUUCUGAUAGACCGACUAGGACUUGUCACUGCCGCAAGAGCGAAUAUCUUCACAACCUUUCCGCAACGGUCGAUGGAACUUGCAGGAGAAGUAGAUGAAGAUUGGGAUUUCUUGGAAUUGAUGGAGGUUACUCGCGGGCAGAAAGCUUCUGACCAGCGUGACUAUGUUUACGCUCUUCUCGGCCAUCCAAGCGCAUUGAUAGGUGGCGAGUUGAUUGUGGAGCCGGAUUACGAUAUGAAGACGGAUAGUUUAUUUUUCGAUUUGGCAGUAAAGCUCAUCCAUUCGACAAAUAGUCUACGUGUACUGUCUGCUGUCCAGCAUAUCAAUGACAGGGAACUGGAAGAAGCGACUAGAAUCUCUUGGGUACCACAAUGGAGCCGAGAUUUUGCUCUAACUUCCUUGGGCGCAUCAAGAGGCCACUACUUUGAUGUCUCUUAUGAUUCGUCUGCUGGAUCAAUGCCGAUAUGGGAGCUUUCCGCAUCUGAAAAGCUGCUCGGGGUUCGUGGUUUUGUUUUCGACGUCAUCGAAGACCACGUCACAACGGAGGAAGAUGAUGAUCAAGGUUUUGCUGUCUCUAAGCCUGUAGACAUGCUUAUUUCGGAGGCCUCCAAACUCGGAUCACGUUUUACACUUCCUCCUUUCGAUAAUAUGAUUGAAAUUGGACAAACGAUCUCAGUGGGAUAUUCGAAUGACAAGCCGAAGCAUUUUUGUUCGGGAUUUGCUGCCUUCAGACUUCAUCUGAUGAAAGAAGCUCAAAACCAAGGACGUUCUGUCUCCAUUGACCUAGCUCCGGAAGGAGAUUCAAGUAUUCGGCAGGCUUCCGAAGGCGUGGAAAUCGAUGGUAUCUACUGGGCCACUUCAAGAUUCUGUGCCGGGAGAAAACUGUUUUCGACACGUGAAGGAAGUCUCGGCCUCGGACCUAGUGUUCUGAAAGAAGGGGAUCUAUGUUGUAUCUUGUUCGGAGCUCCUGUUCCUUUGAUCUUGAGAUGCGCGGGGAAGCAGUACAAGCUGGUUGGAGAAGCUUAUGUGCAUGGAGUCAUGAAAGGAGAAGCCAUGGUGGACUGGAUGCUUGGGGAGUGUUACCAGGAACAGACAUUUGAAUUAAGAUGAAUGUAGAGCUGUCUCUCGAUAUCUUGAAUUGGAACUGUUUCCGGCUCUAUCAUUCAGAGUAAUACAAUGCUUGCUGGAACUUCGACUGGCAGCAUCCCUGAUCUCCGCCAUCCUCAGGUUACGGAAUCCUCAACUACCGGUAGUGGAAACCACAAUAUAUGUUGCUGCCACCAUUUCAAAGCUUGGAACGAUGAGCCAUACGUUUUUCAGGGUCUACCGUAAGAUAAUAUUGUUCCAGAGUUUGUAGGAGAAUACAAGCAAAAAAGCCAUUUCUCCGAGAUAACGGAAAACUGUAUCGUAAUUGUGUGUCGAAAUUUCGCAAAU